UCCACAAGACAACAUACUCCAUAUUCCAUACAAACCCCUCCACUUUCCCUAGAAAGCCUUACCUUUCUCUAUCUAAAAUGGAGAAAGAAAACAAAUUCAAGCUAAAAAUCCCUAAACUUUUCACUUCUUCUUGCAAAACCCAAAACCUUUCUGAAGUUAUUGAUCACCAAAAUCCAAUCUUUACCAAAGAAAACACAAUAUUUCUUAAAAACCCAUUGAUAGAACUACCUCAACAAGAUCAAAAUGACCCUUUUGAUCCCCCUCUUUUAAGACCCAAACAAACACCAUCAUCUUCUUUAAUGAUGUAUUGCAAACCUAGAUGCCCUGAAACUUUUGACCAAAUGGUUAGAGAAAAUUGUAUAGUUUCCGGAAACCCUUUCCCUCGCCGGAAAAUCACCGGAAAAUACUCAUUAUUAUCACCGCUUGUAGAGUUUCCCGGUGGCCGGCGUUGUCCUCCGGCAUCCCCAGUAUCUCCUUUCUUUUCACAAAAACAGGGGAGGAAAACAAAGAAAGAGAAAAAAAAUAAAGGAAAUGGAAAAAAUGAAAAUACCCAAUUCUUAAAUUUGAAGAAAAAUGAAAACCCAAAUCAAUUUAUGUAUUCUUCUUCAAAUGAGACUGAUAUUGGGGAUUGGUUUAGUAGUGAUGAUGAAAGAGAAGAGAAUGAAACAGAGACUCUUUUUUCUUUAAAGUCUGUAUCUUUUUCUUCUAAAUCAAUCUCUCUUUCUUCUGAUUCUGAUCAUGCUUACCCGGCCCGAACCCGGAUUAGGGCCCGGACUCGAACUCGAAGAAGAAAACUGAGUUCGAAGCCGAGGCCGAAAAGAGAAAAGAAAAUGGUGGAGGAAGUUGGAGUGAUGCCAUUGGAAGGGAAGGUAAAUGAUACAUUUGCUGUAGUAAAGAGUUCAAAUGAUCCUUAUAAUGAUUUUAGAACAUCAAUGGUGGAAAUGAUAAUUGAGAAGCAAAUAUUUGGAGCUAAAGAAUUGGAGGAGCUUUUGCAAUGUUUUUUAUCUUUAAAUUCUACUCAUCAUCAUAAGGUUAUUGUUCAAGUUUUUACUGAGAUUUGGGAUGCUCUUUUUUCUUAUGGUUCUUAAUUAUUCUACAAAAAAAUGAAAAAAAAAAAAAACUUUUUUUCUCCAUUGUCUUUUAUUGAAUUUUUAUUAAAAAUUCUAACGAGUGCAUUUAGUAGUAAUCCAAAUAAUUAGAGUAAAGUAUGUAUUGUACUAACUGUUGUAUUAAUGAAUUUGCUUCAUUUCACUUGUAUAAUUUUUUCUCAUAUGCAUUUCACUCUACUUUGUCUUUCUCUUUCAAUGUAAUACUAGUAUUAUUGAGUAUUUUAUGUGAAGUAGGAGUAUUAUAUAGUACUCUCGCUGUCUCUCUAAGAUAGCAUCAAUUGAUUCAAAUAAGUGAGAGUUUUUUGAGUCAAAUGACGUUAAUUCAGACAGAGUAUUUUUUUUUAACUCGAUACUAUCGGUAACAUCUGUAUUAUUAGAACGAAUGAAAAUUUUAACUAUUAACGAUUAGGUCAACUUAUAGUUCUCGAGUUAAUCUCUCCGUUCUU